AAAACUUGAAUGUUUCUGACGGGGAAAAGGAGUGGGGCAGCUUGAAGUAGACUCAAACUAGUCUGAAUCGCGUUUAUUUCAUGGCUGCAUGUUCAACCAACCGAGUUAUCGCGUUGUUUCCUUGCUAAUUUAACGUUUUCCCGCAGAAGUGUCGAGACUGCAGUAAUAAGUUUUUUAAAAAAGCCGUGUUUUGUUUUUCAUCAUAUGAAGUGACUUUUCCAAGUUGUGUUGACAGGGGACACGCCGACUGCAGUGCUGUCUGGUUUUAUUGAGCUACUUUUGGACUGCUGAAGUUUCAGGUCACCUGAGGCAGAUUUCACUUCCUCAUCGGGACUGGAUGCGUUUUGCGCUUCGACAUCAGCUGUCGGUUAUUUAUUUGGUGAAUGGGGAUUUGCUUGCUGUCGCUCAGAUGAAAAGAGACCUCGGGCUGUAGCCGAAUCACCUGUUAGUGCCUCCAAACUUCUCGCUUUUUUUGCCUGCAAACAGGUACUGUAGGAGUGUGUGUUUACCAGCUCUAAUGGUAGUAGCUAGAACACGUCACUUUUGAGAGGACUGAACCACCUCACCAUGACAGAGGUCCAGACUCCGUGGCCGCAGGGCACAGAGUGUGUGGCCAGGUACAACUUCAAAGGCACAUCAGAGCAGGACCUGCCCUUCAACAAAGGAGAUGUGUUGACUAUUAUUAUCGUCACAAAGGAUCCAAAUUGGUACAAAGCUAAAAAUUCUGCAGGACGCGAGGGAACAAUUCCAGCCAACUAUGUUCAGAAGAGAGAGGGUGUGAGACAAGGAGGCAAGCUGAGUUUAAUGCCAUGGUUUCACGGGAAGAUAACGCGGGAACAGGCAGAGCGGUUGCUCAACCCUCCGGAGACUGGCCUGUUCUUGGUGCGAGAGAGCACCAACUUCCCCGGUGACUACACCCUGUGUGUGAGCUGUGAUGGCAAGGUGGAGCACUACCGCAUCAUCUACCACAACGGCAAGCUCACGAUCGAUGAAGAGGGGUACUUUGAAAACCUCAUGCAGCUGGUUGAGCACUACACCAAAGAUGCAGACGGCCUAUGCACCAGACUAAUAAAGCCAAAGCUGGAGGAGGGGACGGUGGCCGCUCAGGAUGAGUUUUCCAGGAGUGGCUGGUCGAUGAACAGAAAAGACCUCAAACUGCAGCAGGUGAUUGGAAAAGGAGAGUUUGGAGAUGUUAUGGUGGGAGACUACCGAGGGACCAAAGUAGCUGUGAAAUGCAUAAAAAAUGAUGCUACAGCGCAGGCCUUUAUUGCAGAGGCUUCUGUCAUGACGCAACUACGGCACGAUAACCUGGUGCAGCUGCUUGGAGUGAUUGUAGAGGAGAACGGGAGUCUGUUUAUAGUUACUGAGUACAUGGCCAAGGGCUGUUUGGUCGACUACUUACGGUCCAGAGGUCGGACGGUACUCGGUGGAGAUGCUCUCCUUAAUUUUGCACUAGAUGUCUGUGAAGCCAUGGCGUACCUGGAAGCCAAUAACUUUGUGCACCGAGACUUAGCAGCCCGCAAUGUUCUUGUGUCAGAAGACAACAUAGCCAAAGUCAGUGACUUUGGACUGACCAAGGAGGCAUCUUCCACUCAGGACACUGCUAAGCUGCCUGUGAAGUGGACAGCCCCAGAGGCCCUCAGAGAAAAGAAUUUUUCCACCAAAUCUGACGUCUGGAGCUACGGUAUUUUGCUUUGGGAGAUUUACUCUUUUGGCCGAGUGCCUUACCCGAGAAUUCCAUUAAAAGACGUUGUGCCUCGGGUGGAGAAGGGAUACAAAAUGGACUGUCCUGAUGGCUGUCCUGAAGUGGUGUACAACAUCAUGAAACAGUGCUGGAACCUGGAUCCUGCUGCUCGACCAAGCUUUCAAAUGUUGAAGGAGUGGCUACAACAUAUCAGCCAAGGGAUGAAAAAACACUGAGACAUGUGACAUAACAGAGACAGUGACUUUUCUCUUCCUUCAUUUUGACCACUUGGACCAUAACUUAGAAGGAAAAAAAAAAAAGAUUUCAGAGGGUUGUUUGAUUUUACAAAGUUCACAACAAAGUUUGCUUUCUCACAUUGUCCUGGAACCGCUAAUUAAAACUGUCAACGUUUAUUCGAUCCCUCACCUCAGGUUGGUGAAACUUCAGUAACUCUUUUUACUGGCUCAGUCGUUCUUUCUGCGCUCGGUUAUCAAGAGUGAAUGAUUAACUGUCAUAUCGAUGAGUCUUUCUUUAGAACACAGUGCUGCCUCAGAGCCACAGUGCCUUGACCUAUUUUAAAAAAUUUAUAAUUUACAUCCAUUAUUUUGAUAUCUUGGUAUUAUUGGUGGCAUCAUUACAUUUUACGAACAUGUAGACCGUAACAUAAAUUGACUGAGUUGUAUGAAACCAUGGUCUCCAUUCAAAGAGAAGAGACGCUUCAAAAGUAGGACUACAGACUGAUAAGUCGUUACUUGCUGUAUUAUUUUUUUUUUUUUUUUUUUACAGUUUCAGGUACACCUUAUUGCAUGUUGGAUUGUUGAAUUAUUUUGUUAAAAAGGACUAAGUUAAAGAAACUAUAAUUAUGCAGCUUUAUUUUUUCAUUGCUAUAUCAUUUGAAAUGCAUUUGGAUGUCUCUGUAAGUGAAAAGAGAAAUCACAAGUUUGGACAAAUGUCAUCUUUACUACUGAUAUAAUAACACCAUUCAGCUCAGUCAUGUCGGCAUCAUUCCCAUGUACAGAAUAUUCCUUUUGACUUUAAUAAAUGUCUCAUUUUGGGAAGUUUUGGAUUUGACCAAAUGAUCAGGAUUUUGUAUGUAAUAAGAAAAGGACAAUGUUAAUAGAUUUACUGUGCUGCCAUUUUCAACAAUAAAAACAUAAGACAUUUUUAAAA